AUGGCUUGUGGGCUCCGCGUGCUGGCGGCCGUCCUGGCGCUGUCCGUCCUGGCGUCCCCUGCCCUGGCUGCCCGUCACCUCAGGAACACUCCGGGCACCAACGCGUCUGCGGUUGGCCCCGGCCAGGUCGCUACCACCAAAGCGGGCACUCCGGCAGCCACCAACCUGAACCUGACCACUGCUGGCCCCAGCCAGGGCACCACAACCGACGCAGGCCAGGUUGCUGCGACCAAAGUGGGCGCCCCAACAGCCACCAACCAGAACCUGUCUGUUGUCAGCCCCGGCCAGGGCACUGCGACCGAUGCGGGCGCCGCGAUUGCUGCUCCCCAGGACCCGAAGGUCGAUGCUCCCAAGGCUGGGGCCAAGUAUGGUGUGAGGCAGACCCCCAAGUAA